GACGCAGAGGGAGCAGGCUGCUGGCCCGAAGAAUUAUUCUAGCAGACCUGGCUGCUUCCAGAGGCGCUGCUAAGCAUCCCUCUGAUAGUAAGUCAGGGAAGUGUGCUAGCAAUGCCAUGCAAAAUGGCUAAGGGACCUCAGGGAGCACGUGCAGGUUUUAAGAGGUGAGUGAAUUACUCUGGUCACGCUGCUUACCGGGGCCGUGCAAACUGUGCUUGUAGGUGCCGUGGUCCUGUGUGCGUGGAUCGGAUGCUGAACCCGCCAUGUCUGCGAGAUGUGCCUUUCUCCUGACAUGGUCUCCAAAGCAAGGUUAACUCUUCCACUAGGAAGGCGAGGAAGAGCUGAUGAAAUCCUUUCCUAUUUCUGGAGGGUCAGCCAAAGCUCUAAAAUGGUCUUGUGAAUUUUCAGUCCUGCAAUGUUUGAUCAGUUGAUCACGAUGAUUCAGUUCUGAUCACGUUUGUUUUGUGUAGUAAGAUUCCUGCUUUGCAUGCGUUUAGGAUGGCUUGUGACAGAUAUUUUAUUCCUUGCUUUCAAAAAAAAAAAAAAAGGCUAUUUACGUGCCUGUGGUAAGCUGGUCAGCCGAGCUGGUUUCUCUUCUAAUACAACCUGAAGACAUAGCAUGUGACGGGAACUUUCUCUUCUCAACUGUGGGUCAAGUACUCUUUCAACACAACCCAGAACGCAAUCUUUUUAAAUUGCCUGCCUGAGCAAUCAAAGGCUUUCUUUAAGCCAAGCAGAAAUAUGUAUUUAUUUUUCUCUAGUGUUUGGAAACGAGAAAUGAAAGACCUAUUCCCACUGCACGUGUGUUUAAUGGUUAAGCCUAUCUUAAAAGCUGCUCGAGAAACCUUGGGCAACAGAGCAUUUGUUAAUUGUGUCUUAUUAAUGCACUGCAAUGUGUCUAGGCUUUUUUUUUUUUCCCCUUUCUAUUGUUAAUAUGAUUUAAUUAUAGUAAAGGAAAAAGAUAAGUGGGAUUACGUCAUUAGAGACUGUAAGAGAGGAGUGUUUUCUAUCCUAAAUAAUCCAUGACAAAACACGGAUGGCUUUCUAAUAACACAGCACAAACAUUGCUUGGCACUUGUUUUCCCGUCACUUCUGUACCAUUCCCAACGUUGUGUCGGCAGAGGUGAGAAACGUGAGGAUCUGCAUAUCCUUGUGCCGCGUGGGAGGCUGUUCAGUUCCUUGUGGAGGGAUUGCCUGGGCGGGUUGGUAGCUUAGUCUUCGUUCAAUAUUCAGUCUUCAUUCAUUCCUCUGUGCCGCGGGGCUGGCAGCUGGAGCGCCCGUGUCCUGCUCACCUGGGGUCCUGGUGACAAGAGCUCUGCGUUAGCGUGGUCCAGGCUGUGAAUCCAUCGGCUGAGACACCCAAACUGUUUCCAGUUCAGCCCACGGCCCUCAGUAACGUGUUUUCUCUGAAGCUACUCCGUUGCGUGGCGUGCCAGCAGCUGCCAGCCAGCAGCGGCCGUCCCUGUGCACCGGGUGCCUCUCUGCCAGGCUCUGCCCUCGCACCGUGCUGCCCAGCGAGCGGCUGGCAGCGCCGCAGCUUCUCCUGGCACCCACUGAAUUUGAAUUUGUGGUUUGCAUCUCCAAGAACUAAGCCUCACGUGGCAGGAUCUCCAGUCCUUCAGUGAUCACUCGAACUGGUUGUUUCCUCUUUGUGCUUCUCCUGUAAGUACGAACAAUUUUAGCUGGAGAAGUGAGAAGUUAUGCUUUAAUUAACAUGGAAGAGAUUUCUUUGUGUGAAACAAAUGCUGAGCUUUGAGGGAUCUGUUCACAUGAAACUUGGCUUUAUAUUCCAGCGUGUCAAACUCAGUUAAGAUCUCUAUGUGUACGGUCUAAAAUGCAUUGAUUUUCCUUUUCUUGUCUAAUAUUUCAGGAGUUAGGUAUCCCUGAAACUGAAUGUUGGGGAGGAAUAGGUUUGUUAGUCCGUGGCAUGUUUUGGCACUUGACAAAAGUUUUGAACAACUUGGUAUGACUGUCAGCCGUGAUACAGGCAAUGGAAUAGGUGGUGGAUUUUUCUGGAUGUUGUAGGCAAAGCCCAUCUUCAAGGCAGUUGUUAGUGUGUUAUCUGAGCCGUCUGAAGAAGUGACAAGGUAGACAAGGCAGACUUGGCAUACAAAUUCUAUGGCAGCACCAUGACAAGAACUUACAACUGCAGCUCAACAUGAGAGAUUGCAGUUGUCUAUCAAAUUGCAGGAAAUUACUGCUCAUUCCUUCAUGUACAUCUAACUGCUGAAGUAGCUAAUAAUUCAGCAAACCCUGUAUUGGUAAGUUAUCAAGUAUUGUUCUUGCUCCCAAAUCUCGUGCUUGCAGACAGUGCCAGCAGUGGUUUAUUCCAGACAGAUAAGUGUACUAGAUUCAAAUGAGUUUUUGGAAGAAGCGUUGUCACAGCACUUAACGUUUGGUUCUAUUUUUCCUUCUCUGUUCUGGAGUUCACUGGUGUGGUAAUAGCUCUUCCUGUAGAAUAAACAGUGUGCUAACAUGACUUCCUUCACUUUGUGCUAGCUCCAUUAAAAAGGAAAACAAAAAGUGCAAAAAUAUUUAUAAUGUUUCUUUCCUGUUACUACCUACAUUGCUUCUCUUGGUGACGAGAAGAUCCAGUCGUAGAAAGAGCCAUACUACCCGUUACGUGAGCAGCCUUCACCAUACGCAGCUGCUUUGGGAGCAGGCUGGGUACUUCUCUGUUUCAGCCCCGUUUGAGGGGCUGCACAUGGAUGUUUCUGGCUGUGUGGAACUGAUAUUGCGUAGUGUGGUAAACCAAUACUGACUUCGAUACUGUUUAGUUAUUUGGCAUAGUGGCAGCUUUGGCGUUAUGCUUUCUGAUCACACAGUACGUUUGGGGAGUUCCCAGUUUUUGUUCCAGAAAAAGCCACGCUAAGUAGGCUGUUCCACCCUUACAAAAACCUCUUAUGUGCAUAUGAGCAGUGAUCAACCUCCAGAAUCUGGUUUUGUAACCAGACCAGUAUCAAAUCCCAGCCAAGAGCUUGCAGUUCUUAGAGGGACUUUGCUUUAGGAUGGCACGUUGGAUGCAGCAGACUGCGUGACAGGGAUUUUUUCUUCCUCCCAUUUGCGGAAUAAAUAAAGAAGAAAGAUGAUUUUGGAAGUGGUUGUGUUGCUGGGCUGUGCUCUGGGCAUCAGCACGUUCCCCCUGGAAGAACCUGAAGAUGGAGGCAAGCACUGGGUGGUGAUUGUUGCAGGUUCGAACGGCUGGUACAACUAUCGACACCAGGCAGACGUGUGCCAUGCGUACCAGAUCGUACACCGAAAUGGAAUUCCAGAUGAACAGAUCAUUGUCAUGAUGUAUGAUGACAUUGCAGAUAAUGACGAGAAUCCCACAAAAGGCAUUGUCAUUAAUAGACCUAAUGGCACAGAUGUGUACGCUGGAGUGCCCAAAGACUAUACAAAGGAGGAUGUUACUCCAAAGAACUUCCUUGCUGUUCUUAGAGGGGAUGCUGAAGCAAUGAAAGGUGUGGGAUCAGGAAAAGUAUUGAAAAGUGGUCCCAAGGAUCAUGUAUUUGUUUAUUUCACUGACCAUGGAGCUCCAGGACUUCUAGCUUUUCCUGAUGAUGAUCUUCAUGUGAAGGACUUGAAUAAGACUAUUUGGUACAUGUAUCAUCACAAGAAAUACCAAAAGAUGGUGUUUUACAUUGAAGCAUGUGAGUCUGGAUCUAUGAUGAAUCAUUUGGCUGAUCAUAUCAAUGUUUAUGCAACAACUGCUGCCAAUCCCAGGGAGUCUUCUUAUGCAUGUUACUAUGAUGAUGAAAGGCAGACUUAUCUUGGUGACUGGUACAGCGUGAAUUGGAUGGAAGAUUCAGAUAUGGAGGAUCUAAGAAAAGAAACGCUCCACAAGCAGUUUCAGCUAGUGAAGAAACGUACCAACACCAGCCAUGUGAUGCAGUAUGGAAACAAGAGUAUCUCCUCUAUGAAAGUGAUGCAGUUUCAGGGCAUGGGGAAGAAAGCUGCCCCCAUUUCACUGCCACCUGUAGAACACUACGACCUGACACCUAGUCCUGAUGUGCCUCUUGCUGUCAUGAAACGGAAGCUGAUGGCUACCAAUGACAUGUAUGAGGCUAAGAAGAUUGCUGCAGAGAUGAAAACACACCUAGAGGCUAAAGAAUUUAUCAAGGAAUCCAUGCGGAAGAUCAUUACCCUAAUAACAGGAUCAAGAGAGCAGACCAACCAAAUUCUGUCAGACAGAUUGACCAUCAGCAAUUAUGACUGCUACCAGUCAGCGGUGAACCACUUCAAAGCUCAUUGCUUCAACUGGCACUCUCCCUUGUAUGAGUAUGCCCUGAGACAGCUGUACGCCUUGGUCAACGUCUGUGAAGGAGGAUACCCCAUUGACAGAAUAAGCUUGGCCAUGGAUCAAGUGUGCCGUGGAUAUUGACAGAAACAGCAGCCUUGCAGUGCAACCCUUACUGCAAGUGGUAACUUUUCAUAACUGUAAUAAUCCAGGCUUCACAUGCAUGUACCACGAAGAGAGUCAGCCACUGUCCUGGAGCUGUGCUGGGAGCUGAGGCCACACGCAGUACAGCACUUGUCAGCGCUCUCCCCCGCAUCCCCACCUGCCACCAGCCCGGCGGUUUGGCAGAGCCUUUUUUGUCAGACCACGCGGAGCUUCAAGAUGGAUUGAUUUGUUUUGAAGUGUGAUGCUCUAAGAAUCUCUGGAUGAACACUACAAGCCACCAACAGUGAUUUGAAAUCCAUGCGAAAUUUAAACAUUGACUCAAGUUUUGGAAAACAAAGUACACUAUUGAUAAGCAUUACCUUUUUUUUUUUUUGACGAUGUUAAUGAAUUCAUUACAGUGACUAAUUUACAGUUUGAGUGAAGAAACCAAAGUUUGUUCUCUAAGCUUUAACUCCUUAACAGUUUAAAGAAGUGUAUUGCAUUCAAGAACUAUCAAAUGUUAACAGCACAGUUCAACUGUGGAUAGCAAGAACCUUUUUGGGUAGAAAGCAUUGUUUCCCAAAGAAAAACCACAAGUAUCUAAUGCUGUAAAUAGAGUGCCAGUAUGCUAUAAUUAAAUGUAUUUACACACAAACCUCAUACAGUUCAGGAAUUGUCUGUGAAUAAAAAUAAAGUUGGCAGUUUCAUCAACC